AUGCGGCAGCACAGAGAGGAUGUCGGUCGGAUCGACGGACACGGAACUGCCAACGAACGGCAGGGAGGGAGGAAGGAGCGAAUGGCGAGGUCGAACGGCGGGCUGAGCUGGUCCGAGCAGUGGGGCGGAUCGCGCAGCAGUGAUGGCGUCGGCGCUGGCGGCAAUGCCGGCGGCGGGCAAUUCGGAUCGUCGGGGCCCAAGAAAUCCUCCUCCAAGAGCGGCGGCGGGAAGAAGAUCGAGGACGCCAUGGCCAAGGCCAAGGUGGUAGCGUCGGCCGGGGCGGAGAAGGCGCGCGUCGCGGCUGGGAUUGGGGCUUCCAAGGCCAAGAUUGGAGCGCUUAAGGUGAAAUCCGGGGCCGUGACAGGGUUUAAGUGGGUCAAGGAGCAGUACAGCAAGAGGACGACGAAGAAGUAA